AUGUAUUACAAACUUAUACGCAAGCAUCGUCCAUGUAGAUUUACCUCUGCCAUCAGUGAGUUCCGUCAGAAAAAAAGCUUGCAAAUUAAAGACAUGCAAGACAUCGCCCACGAAUUUGUUGAGAUGGCUAAGCUUGUCGACGUGAGCGAGUAUAAUGAGGGUGUGAAGUGGUUCAGAGCCCGAAGGCUAAGUGCAGUGAGGAGACAAAGCAUCUUGUUUCGAAAGAAUGCCGACGAGAUGACGAUGGAAGCUUUCGCCGUGAUCGACUACGCGACGGUCAUACCUGGACUGAAGAGAAGCGGAUGA